AUAGUUGCCGUCCGGCAGUCGUCUAAAUCACUGCGCAUCAUCAACAAAAACAAUCGGAAUAUCAACAAUGUCUGCACAAGCUGUUCCAAAAAUCGAGAUCUCAAAUGGACACUUCAUGCCCAUGUUUGGUCUCGGUACUUAUCUGUCAGUUGCGGGUGAAGUUGAGAGGGCUGUGAAGUACGCAAUUGAUAUCGGAUAUCGUCACAUCGACACAGCAUUCUAUUACAAAAAUGAGAAAGAAGUUGGCGAUGCUAUCAGAGAGAAGAUCAAGGAUGGGACAGUGAAGAGGGAGGAUCUGUUCGUCACAACGAAACUGUGGAAUACAGCGCAUGCUGAGGAUAAAGUCCUCCCAACGUGCAAGAAAUCGUUGGAAAACUUGGGACUUGACUACAUGGAUUUGUACCUGAUCCAUUGGCCAGUUGCUUUUCAGGAAAGUGAGGAGCUAAUGCCCCGGGAUUCAAACGAUUGCCUCAUGUUCUCAGACACUGAUUACCUAGAGACAUGGAGGGGCAUGGAAGAAUGUGUUCGACAGGGUCUGGCCCGCAGCAUUGGACUCAGUAAUUUCAAUUCUCAACAAAUAGCUCGAAUCAUGGAAGUUGCCACGAUAAAGCCUGUGAAUAACCAGGUAGAAGUGACAGUCAAUCUUAAUCAAGUCCCACUGAUUGAGUUUUGCAAGAAGCAUGGGAUCACAGUAACUGGUUACUCACCCCUGGGGAGACCCGGGAAUCGUCGAGGUGUUGCCAAUUCCUUGGACAGUCCUCAGAUAUUGGCCAUUGCUGCGAAGUACAAGAAGACACCGGCUCAAAUCGCCUGCAGAUAUGUCUAUCAGCAAGGCGCCGCACCGAUUCCCAAAUCUGUAACAGAGUCGCGUAUCAAAGAAAAUAUCGACAUUUUCGAUUUUGAAUUGACAUCGGAGGAGAUGAAGACGAUCGAGUCCGCGGGUUCUGGAGAACGCAUGGGUAGUUUUCCCGAGGCUAAAGAUCAUCAAUAUUACCCGUUUUCAAUUCCGUUUUAAAAAAUGUACAAAGGAGUCAGCAGGCAAACAUCUUGAUGAAUUCAACAUAAUUUUUAUAAACUCAU